CUGAUAUGAUAAGUUUGAUUUUACCUCAAUCGUCGAAUGAAUAAAUAUUGUGAAUCUCUGUUGUAGAUAUCCGAGUCGCCAUGUAUUCUUUAAUUGGUAGAUAUAUUUCCCGAGUCAACCAAAAAUAUAACACCCGGAGUUGUGUUAUGGCCAUCAGAAAGACUGUACAUGAUAAAUCUAUUGACGAUAUGGCGCAUCCAAAAUGCUUACCUUUGCUCGGAACUAAAUUGGAUUUAAUGUUAGCAGGCGGUGGAACAAUGUUGCACGAAUAUAUUGACAAGAGACACAAAGAACUAGGACCCAUUUUUUACGAAAAAUUAGGAUGUAACACGAAACUGGUAUUCAUUAGCGAUCCGCUUAUGAUAAAGACAGUGUUUCUAAGCCUUGAAGGAAAAUAUCCUAUGCAUAUAUUACCCGAACCGUGGGUUUUGUAUGAAAAACUUUAUGGCUCCAAGCGAGGUCUUUUCUUCAUGAACAGUGAAGAAUGGUUAGUAAAUCGGCGAAUAAUGAACCAACAUUUACUCCGAGAGGGUUCUAUUGCAUGGCUAGAUGAUCCUAUUAAAACUACAGUUAAAAAGUUUGUCCACGCUUGGAAAGGAAGAAUCGAAAAAGGACGUACAAGUGUGAAUUUAGAAUCUGACAUGUACCGACUGUCGACAGAAGUUAUAUUAGCUAUACUUGCUGGUGCAUCAUCGAAUGGUGUCAAACAUUCUGAAGAGAUGCUUUCCAACUUCUCAGAGACCGUAAAACAGAUAUUUCAAACCACAACCAAAUUGUAUGGUUUGCCAUUAAAUAUCUGUCAACGUUUAAAUAUGAAAGUAUGGAAAAAUUUCAAGGAAUCUGUAGAUGCCUCGCUUUAUUUGGCGCAGAGUCUGGUAUCAGAAAUGAUAAUCAAAAGAGAAGAAAGCGAUGGUCUUAUUCAAAAACUUCUCAAAGAUGGAGUAAACGAAGAAACAAUAGUACGGUUAGUUGCAGAUUUCAUAUUAGCUGCUAGUGAUACGACUGCUUAUACCUCAAUUUGGAGCCUAUAUCUGAUUUCACAAGACGAUAGUGUUAAACACGAAAUACGCACCAGAGAUGUAGGAUACGUGAAAAAUGUUCUACGAGAGUCUAUGCGACUUUAUCCAGUAGCUCCAUUUUUGACAAGAAUUUUGCCAAAAGAUUGUAUCCUCGGCGAAUACAAACUAAAUUUGCAUACCCCAAUAAUAGCAUCAAUUUACACCUCUGGACGAGAUGAGCGGUACUUUACCAAAUCAAAUAUGUUUUUACCUUUCCGCUGGGACAAAAAUGACCCAAGAAAGAAAAAUCUUGCCAACCACAAACCUUCAGCAACAUUGCCCUUCGCGCUCGGAGCCAGGUCGUGUAUAGGCAAGAAGUUGGCAAUGAUGCAACUAACAGAGUUUCUGAGUCAGAUCGUAAACAACUUUGAUUUCGAGUGUACAAAUAGUGGGAAAGUGUUUCCAGUCACUUCACAGGUUCUUGUGCCCAAUGAACCUAUUCAACUGACUAUAUCACAUAGGAAUAUUUGAAGAAAAUUGAUAGGUAAAAACUUUUUAAAUUAUAU